GUCCGCACUUCCGUCCUCCGAACUUUCUCCCUAGAGGCCGGGUAUCAGAGACCAGCCGCUGGCUUUCUGAGCUACUUCCCAGGUUUGGCGCCUGGAAAACUUCACGUUCGGCUUUCUCCUGCCCCUGGCUCCGCCCCGCUCCAGACCCUGCCUUCCUUCUGCCUUAUCCGUCCCGGGCCACCCCUUUUCCCGCUGCCUCUGGCGUGAGAGUGCUGAGACAUCUCUGAGCCAGCUCUGGGCCCAACCAAGGCUGGCAGCGAAUAUCAAGUGUCACUCUACAGAGGAACAGGGACACCCGCUUCGGAGGCUGUCUUCUGAGCUCAGCGCUUUCAGAGUAGCGCUGAGCGCAGCCGGGAGUUCUUUGCCACUGUUGUCACUUCGCUCUUUGGAAGGCCCGGGGCACAGCCAGGGUGGACCACUGAAGCAACACAGGGACCGCGCGGAAAUGUGAACUUGGAGACACCUUUGAGCCUCGCCAGUAAGAAAGGAGGGAGCAGAAGCCCAGCUGAUCCCCAAAGCGCAGCUGCUGUCCCCAAGUCACUAAGAAGGUGCAUGGGGGCGCAACCUGGCAACUGAACUCGGGUGCCCCUGAGGAGUUUUCACCGCGCCGGGAGCACAAGGGACGUGCUCUGGGCGGACUCUCAGGCAAUCUCCUCCCGAACCCUCAGGACUGUCCUCAGGCCACGAGGAGGAGCUUGCUGGAGACUUCGAGGCUGUCCAGAGCCAGAGAGCUGGAGCGCAGAGUCUCCCGCCUUCAGCUGGGAAGGGGGAGUGGCGCUAGCGGGCUGGAGCUAAGAUCUCAGCGAACCACUGACCUUCCUCCUCCUCUUCCUUAGCCUCUUUGAGACUUGGGCUCCUGGGAGAAGGUUUUAAAGGCGGUAAAGGGACUCGGACCUCUUUUUCCUAGAAGGCUGGGGGUGGAGCUCCUGUUUCUGCCUCCGCAAGGACACUUGGAGCGCGCUGGUGGCGCGUGAACGGGGCACUGCCCUCCACCAUCCUUGGCGAGCCCCGCCUGGCAGCUUUCCUCCAGCCUACUCCAACCACUUGUUUUCUCAGGUCACAGCCUCCAGCGAUCUAGGAGGGAAAAGAAAAGGUGGCCCUGGGACUCAGCCCCUCCGAGAUGUCAGCGCAGAGCCUGCUGCACAGUGUCUUCUCCUGCUCCUCGCCCGCGUCGGGCGGCACGGCCUCGGCCAAGGGAUUCUCCAAAAGGAAGCUGCGCCAGACACGCAGCCUAGACCCAGCCCUGAUCGGUGGCUGCGGGAGCGAGAUGGGCACCGAGGGCGGCCUGCGGGGCUCCACAGUAAGCCGCCUCCACUCUCCGCAGCAACUAGCCGAGGGUCUCGGUUCCCGCUCCGCGUCUUCUCCCCGAAGUCAGCACCCUCGGGCUACCCGGUUCCCGACACCCAGACCUUUAUGCUCGUCUUUCUCCACACCCAGUACCCCUCAAGAAAAGUCGCCUUCUGGCAGCUUCCACUUUGACUACGAGGUCCCACUGAGUCGCAGUGGUUUCAAGAAGAGCAUGGCCUGGGACCUGCCUUCUGUCCUGGCCGGCUCCGCGAGUGGCCGCAGUUCCGCAAGCAUCCUCUGGCCCUCCGGGGGAGGCCCCAAAGGCAUCUUCGCUUCUCCUAGGAGAUGGCUCCAGCAGAGGAAGUUCCAGCAGCCACCUAACAGUCGUAGCCACCCGUAUGUCGUGUGGAGGUCUGAGGGUGACUUCACCUGGAACAGCAUGUCUGGCCGCAGUGUGCGUCUGAGGUCAGUCCCCAUCCAGAGCCUCUCAGAGUUGGAGCGGGCACGGCUGCAGGAAGUGGCUUUUUAUCAGUUGCAGCAGGACUGUGACCUGGGCUGUCAGAUCACCAUCCCCAAAGAUGGACAAAAGAGAAAGAAAUCUUUGAGAAAGAAACUGGAUUCCCUGGGGAAGGAAAAGAACAAAGACAAAGAAUUUAUCCCACAGGCAUUUGGAAUGCCAUUAUCCCAAGUUAUUGCCAAUGACCGGGCAUAUAAACUAAAGCAAGACUUGCAGAGGGAGGAGCAAAAGGACGCAUCUGAUUUCGUGUCUUCCCUCCUCCCGUUUGGGAAUAAGAAACAGAACAAAGAACUCUCAAGCAGUAACUCAUCUCUCAGCUCAACCUCAGAAACACCAAAUGAGUCCACAUCCCCAAACACUCCAGAACCGGCUCCUCGGGCCAGGAGAAGGGGUGCCAUGUCAGUGGAUUCCAUCACGGAUCUGGAUGACAACCAGUCUCGACUCCUAGAAGCUUUACAACUCUCCUUGCCUGCUGAGGCUCAGAAUAAAAAAGAAAAGGCCAGAGAUAAGAAGCUGAGUCUGAAUCCUAUUUACAGGCAGGUCCCCAGGCUGGUGGACAGCUGCUGCCAGCAUCUGGAAAAACAUGGCCUCCAGACAGUGGGGAUAUUUCGAGUUGGAAGCUCAAAAAAGAGAGUAAGACAAUUGCGUGAGGAAUUUGACCGUGGGAUUGAUGUCUGUCUGGAAGAGGAGCACAGUGUUCAUGAUGUGGCAGCCUUGUUGAAGGAGUUCCUCAGGGACAUGCCUGACCCGCUUCUCACCAGGGAGCUAUACACAGCAUUCAUCAACACUCUCUUGUUGGAACCAGAAGAACAACUGGGCACCUUGCAACUCCUCAUCUACCUUCUACCUCCCUGCAACUGCGACACCCUCCACCGCCUCCUACAGUUCCUCUCCAUUGUGGCCAGGCAUGCCGAUGACAAUGUCAGCAAAGAUGGACAAGAGGUCACUGGGAACAAAAUGACAUCUCUGAACUUGGCCACUAUAUUUGGACCCAACCUGCUCCACAAACAGAAGUCAUCAGACAAAGAAUAUUCUGUCCAGAGCUCAGCCAGAGCUGAAGAGAGCACAGCCAUCAUAGCUGUGGUACAGAAGAUGAUUGAAAACUAUGAAGCUCUGUUCAUGGUUCCCCCAGAUCUCCAGAAUGAAGUGCUCAUCAGCCUUCUGGAGACAGAUCCGGAUGUCGUGGACUACUUGCUCCGAAGAAAGGCUUCCCAAUCCUCGAGCCCUGACAUGCUGCAGUCGGAAGUUUCCUUUUCCAUGGGAGGGAGGCAUUCAUCUACAGACUCCAACAAGGCCUCCAGCGGAGACAUCUCCCCUUAUGACAACAACUCCCCAGUGCUGUCUGAGCGCUCCCUGCUGGCUAUGCAAGAGGACAGGGCCCGGGGGGGCUCGGAGAAACUUUAUAAAGUGCCAGAGCAGUAUACACUGGUGGGCCACUUGCCAUCGCCAAAGUCGAAGUCAAGAGAAAGUUCUCCUGGACCAAGGCUUGGAAAAGAUAUGUCAGAGGAGCCUUUCAAUAUCUGGGGAACUUGGCAUUCAACAUUAAAAAGUGGAUCCAAAGACCCAGGAAUGACAGGUUCCUAUGGUGACAUUUUUGAAAGCAGCUCCCUGCGACCGAGGCCCUGUUCCCUUUCUCAAGGGAACCUAUCCGUGAAUUGGCCUCAGUGUCAAGGGAGCCCCACGGGGCUGGACAGUGGGACUCAGGUCAUUCGGAGGACUCAGACGGCGACCACCGUGGCACAGUGCAGUGUCCACCUUCCCGUGUCGCGUGUCUGCAGCACUCCCCACAUCCAGGGCGGCGGCAGGGGGUCCAGGCAGCCUGCAGCCAGGUCUGAGCCAUUUUUGUCCCUAAACAGUACGGAAGACCUGGCCGAGGGUGAGGUGGAAGAGGCCUGGCUGCAAAGCCAGGCCCAGCCUGUGUACCAAAGACCUCAGGAAAGUGGCAGAGAUGACAGGCGCCCCCCACCUCCUUACCCAGGGUCAGGGAAGCCCGCCAUGGCCUCCUCGGCCCAGCAGCCCCAGGAGCCUCCCCUGUGGAGGCUCCAGAGGCAUGAAGAGGGUUCGGGAACAGCUGCAGAAGAAGGAGGCCAGCAAGCCUCAGGAGAACAUCCAGCCAGGCCAAAAAAACUGAGCAGUGCCUACUCCCUCUCAGCCUGCGAGCAGGACAGGCAGAACUUGGGGGAGGCCAGCUGGCUCGACUGGCAGCGAGAGCGGUGGCAGAUCUGGGAGCUCCUGUCAACUGACAACCCCGACGCCCUCCCGGAAACCCUGGUAUGAGCCUGCCCGCCAGCAGCUGGAGCCCACUCUCCCCCCAAAAGAAACAUCCUCUUCCGGCCCAGACCCGGAAAACUUGUUGAUGGACAAUUGGACAAUUAUUCAUUUUUAUUUUUCUUUUCGUUUUUCCACACUUUGAAAAAUCAACACAAGAGAAAGUCAGUCCACUUACAGAGAGACACUCCUACCCUUGCCAUUUAUCAUAAGAUUCUGUUGCGUAGCCAGCCUUAGGGAAAAAAAAUCCCAAACAUGACAAUACCCAAUCUCAAAACUACCCACAUUGGCUCUCUAUAAGAUCAAACUCUUGCUUUGGUAUAGCUUAAUUGUAUUUAUGUGUCUUCAAUUUUGACUAUUGUAUAUUCUGUAACAGAUUAUGUAUGAUAAUCAAUAUGAUAUAUUCACAGAGAAGACGGAACAAUUUUAAAAAAUCACUGCACUUAUAUUACACCAUGAAAUAUAUUAAGCAACAAAAUUCUAUAGAAUAUUCUAGAAUAUGCACAAGCGGGUUUCUGUGCUUUUUGCCAUCGCUUUUUCACGGGGACAGCCCUCCCUUCAAUGCCUAAGAAAAAUACUAACCAAACAAAACAGAAUGUGAGAAGCCAUAUUUUUAUACAGUGUUGAGAAGCAGAAGUUAUAGUCACUGAAUGCUUUUUCAUAGUGAACAAGUUUUAAGGAAAUAUUAAAUUUGAUAUGUUGUGAAAUAUAUUUUUAGAAACUGUUUAGAAAGGACUCAGCAAAUCAGAGGAGAAAAAGGCAGUGCCUAACCGUACUUAAGAACAUGUCCAUCCCAUUCUAGGUUAAAUUCAGUUUUAUAUAGGACACUGAUAUAUUUAUAAUGUGUAACUUUUAUGUAUUUUUCAAAACUACAAACUGGAAUCCAACUAUAAAAAGUUUUAAAAUCCAAAUGAAUACACAUUCACAUUAUACAACACCAUUUCCCCCUCUGCCCAGUUAUCAAUAUUAGCCCAAUUACAAGCAAUUCCUUGUAAAGUAAAUCCUAUCUGGGGGGGGGGGCAAAAUCAGCUACAUCUUUGCGCUUACAUUUGCCAAAGGCUGAGGAAACGUGUCUUCGGUAAUUGUAUGUGUAUUGUAAUGUAUGUGUUACUAUUAACGUACUUCAACAAUUUGAAGUGUUACAACUGCAAAACCACUUUUGACCAGCAGGUGGCAGUUUGCUUCAGUAUUUUCUGACUUUUCACAUCAGAAGGGACAGUGUACUAUAUACAAAGAGGGUUUUAUAUAUAUAUAUAUAUAUAUAUAUAUAUAUAUAUAUAUAUAUAUAUAUAUAAAACGUGCUACUCUUAAUUUUCAUGUUGGCAAUGAAAUUUUUCAGUGGUGUUUCCUAAAAUUCUAUCUUGUGCCAUGAUGAAUAAAAAGUUAAGCAAAGAUUCAUUACCAGCCUUUAAAUCUAAUGAAGGAACUCACGCCCCAUUCCAGAUAGAUAAUUCACUACUCACAAGUUCAAGUAUAUUACAUGCUGGCAAUUCGAUAAAUACAUGCAUACAGUUAGAAAGCUAGUUUUCAAAAUAGCUGGUAGCUUGGGGACAUCAAUCAGUGAUACGGAAAGAUGUAGAAAUCUACAAUGAUGUGUUGUAAUUAAAGUCUGGUUUUCUUGUCA